AUGUUCAAGCCGUCCAUGGGUUCACUACUACCGUGGCUAGUUUCGGCUCUCGGGCAAGGCUACACGCAAGAGGCUUUAAGUCGCGCUCAACGUGCGUCCAGCAGCGCAUGGCAGAGCCUAGCGACGGCUGCUGCCGAGCCUGUCGCCCUGCCGAAGCAGCUGCAGGAAAGCGUGCAAGCCCUGCCUCUCCCGCCGAACCUGAAAGGGAGGCUCGGGAUCGCGGAUGGCUCGGCCGUGCUACUGACGAGGGGUCACCUGGCAGCGGUAGUGCUCGCUGUUGGCCUGCUGGUCAAAGGAAUUCAGUCAUGGGUGAAAGCUAGAGCCACUGCUCUCAACAGUGAGUCCACCGUUCCUGCGCCUCUCCUCCCUGCUUCUCCGAACCUGCCUACUAUACCGGACCUCCCUCCCAUCGUACCUACAAAAAUCACAGCAAAGGAUGUCCCCAAUCUCCCUGUUUCUUCACCUCCAAGUCAACUUCCUGAAAAAGCUAUAGCUCCAGUGCCUGUGCCAGUCAUGGCUUCUGCAUAUGUAGCAACUGCAUCCGCUUCAUCUUCAUCAGCAGCAGCAGCAGCAGCAAAAUCGUCAGCAGCAGUAGCAGCAGAAUCAUUGCCAUCAGCCGCAGUUGCACCCUCGUCAGCCGCAGCAGCUGCUGCAGCAAAGGAGGCAAGUACACCACUACCAGCGACACUGAUCAAAUCAGAACCACCCUUUGAGAUAUUCACUAAUCCUGACGACACCGGAAGCAGGGCAGAAAGCAGGGAGGAGGAAAAAACUUUGCUCCCCCCUGCAUUCUUUAAAUUCACUGACUCCCUCCCUCCCUUACCUUUCCCCUUCAAAAAUUGGAGCCCUUUUGGAAAGGCUCCUGGUGUGAGUCCAAUUGAUAUGGACGAAAUAGACCGGUUGGCAGCAGCUGCAGCAUCUAAGGGUGACGUGUCAGAUUCGGAGAUCGACGACCGUCCAAGGCUGAUAAAACUGCAGCAAGACAACGCAAUGGCGUGGUUCGCGUUGAUCACGGGCUUUCUCGUGCUCGUCGCGUACUCGUGGAACCCUGCCAAUCCGUUGAAUCCUUGA